UUUACACUAUUGCCUGCUAUUGCUCCUAUUGCUACUCACGAGCGCAGAUGUCCUAAACUUGUAAACUGCUCCGAAAUGUCACUGCGAUUUUCUUGGAACUGGAGCAGUCACAUACUGCGACGUUGGUGGAGCUGUGACAAAGUAGCGGACUGCGAUUUCACAACCCACCUCUAUUCUUUAGUCAUUGUAUUAGGUUAACUGUUCUUGCCUCAUACAAAGGAAAAUUAUGUGGUCAUCGUGAAACAAGAAGAAGAUCUCUAUAUCUUUGGUCGUUUGUCACUGUCAAAGGUUUUCAAGUUAAUUUAUAUUUGAAAACUUACAGAGAAUGGCCGAGGAAAAUCGCCUGAGAAUCGGACCUAAAGAAGGUGUAACAUACCCUAUUCAAGUUGUAUAUUGUGGCAAUUGUACAAUGCCUAUUGAGUAUUGUGAAUAUUAUCCCGAAUAUGACAGAUGUAAACAAUGGCUAGAAAAAAAUUUGCCCAGAGAAUUUGAAAAAGUGAAAAUAGGAGAUAAUAGUGACACAGCAAUAGGCGAAGAGGAGAAGAAAAGACAAAAACGAGGUGGAAAAGGUAUUAUCAAAACUAAGAAGAAGGAAGAAGGGCCUAAACAAGUAUGUGUAUCUAGAGCACCAAGAGGAAAAAAGAAGUCUGUGACUGUUGUAACAGGACUUAGUACUUUUGACAUUGAUUUGAAAGUAGCUGCAAAAUUUUUUGGACAGAGAUUUGCUUGUGGCUCCUCAGUAACAGGCGAUGAUGAAAUUGUGAUUCAAGGCGAUGUAAAAGAUGAUUUAUUUGAUGUAAUUCCUGAAAAGUGGUCAGAAAUUGAUGAAGAUUUUAUUGAAGAUCUAGGAGAUCAAAAAAGAUAAUUUAAUAAACUAUUUGUAUAAAAAUUAAUUAACAUAAAUAAAUGUAACAAAAAAUAUACAUUUUGUUCUUUAA